AUGAGUAGAAUCGACUCUGGACUUGGAAUCGUUAAAAUUGUUGGAAUAAGGUUGGAUACAUUCGGUGCUCAAAGUGUAAUACCUAUGCCUUACUAUCAAGGUCAAAUUGAAGCUUUGACAAUUAUUGAUUAUCUUUACCUUCACUUUUUUCUUAUUGAUGACUGGAUACGUUCAGAAUCAGCUCUAAGCUUGGAAUUGUUUGAAUUGUUAUUUAUAGAAUUUGCUCUUGACUUGAAAUUGUCAGAAAUUGGCUCUAAACUUGGAAUGGCGGUGAAAUUGAUCGGAUUCGUUAGAAUUUGA